GAGGUGCAGCUAAGAGGCGGCAAGCUCGCAGACAGCGAGCUGGACCGCUGGAAGGCCCAAGCGCUGAUCGCACCGGAACCCGACGUACCAGCCGCGGCAGCCCCUCGGGAGAUCGUGCCGUCUUUCCGAGGCCAGGACCAGUCGGCUGUCCAGAAGGAGGCCAUGGCGCGCUUAGUUCGAUCUUUUGUUCGCGGCCGCGCGCUGGAGGUUUCGUCCUUGGCGCGGGGUGCCGGGUCCCACGACGCGAGUUUUGACCGGGAGCUGUCGGAGAUGCGCCUGAAGCCGCUGACAGCAGAAGGUGUAGAGUGGGCCAUUCCGUUUCUCUACGUCCUCGACGCAGUGGUCGAGCUUCCUCCCGGAAUCUCAAGAUACUCUCUCCCGGCUACUGUGCGCAUUCGACUCGCACCACACGCCGGGCAUGGACCGGACACGGUGCUGCUACAGCUAGCCAACGCAGAGGAGGGGCAGGCGAUGUCUCUCUUCCUCCGUGCUUCCUCGAAACAUCUCCAACGCCAGGCAUCCUGGCAUAGAGACCGA